CGUCGAAGUUGUAUUUGUGUUUAAACAAAUGUGAUAAAUUUCAUUGAUAUACACCGAUGGUCGAUUUCCCCUUGGUUUAAUAAUCACUAAAUGGCUAAACCGUACCAAAUAUUCACGUCCGAUCUGUAACUGAUUUUGAGCUUUCGUACUUUAUUUGGCUGACUCCAAAACCCAUUUGGACGACCAGUACCCGUAUUUUCAUAUUUGUUCAUAAUCAUUGAUUCACAUAUUAUUCCACCAUACAUUUUGGUCACUUUUAAUUCAAUAAACAUUUAUGGACACUUUCAAGGUAAACAAUAUAUUCAUAGCAAUAUUUUUUUCACACAGUCCACACAAGUUCUUGGAAUUCUUGGGUUACCAAGAAGUUUACAGUCAGUAAUUGGACUUAGCAUGUGUUGUUAUAUGAAACACUAAACAAACAAUACCUUAAUUGAAAACCAGUUUAAUCAUUGUUUUGUGGUAGAGCUUAUACUUUUCAGAAUUAAUAGAAGUACAAAGCAGAUUUUCCUGAAUCUUUCAUGCUAUUCUUUCAUUAAAACAUCCUGUGUCACUACAGCAUCUACAGUGUCAAAUGUACUUUACAGGUAUAACAACCCUUAGUGUGGAAUGGGCAAACAGGACUAUCACUUUCAAGAUGAACAACGUUCUAACCUCCCAGGAUGUCACUGCGAUGUUGGACAGGUAUGGAGAGACAGUUCUGCACUGUUCUGUCCACAUAUCGCGACGCAUCCACGAGCACGGGAACCACAUUGUCAUGCACUUUGCCUGUGCACUCCUCAACUCUGCCGGAGGACUGCUCCACAUGAAAAACCUCGACCACGAUCGGCAUAUACAGCCCAAAGACCUCGACACUUGGUGGGGCGGGAUGGAGAGCAACAUCGCCGACAUCCUUUCUGGGGAUGAUAUAUGCAACUACUUUGAUCUGAUCGGUAACUAUGAUGACAAGGAUCUGUACCUCUUUGUGAAGGCUGCUGAACACCUGUGUACUAUAGACUACCACUGCCGACUUCCUACAGACACUGCCACACACGAGGUUUCGUAUCGGUCCGCACUGAAGAUUCUCACCAAUACUGGAGAGGUAGGAUAUUUGAAGACUCUUCCACCUAUCCCAAGGUCAUUUCAGUGGAAAAAGACAGAGGACACUUUGAAGCAGGAAGGGAAACAGAUUCAGUUCAAGAUGCUGACAUCGGGGAGAGACUCCCAUGCGAAGUCCAUGCCGGACAAGAUUAGGUAUUACUGUACCAAAUAUAUUUCUGCUUUUGCCAACCAUCAAGGGGGGCAUAUCUAUUUUGGGAUUGAAGACACGUCUGCCGCUGUGUUAGGAGAAGCAAUGACAGAAGAGGAACAAGACAAGACAGUUGAGAAGAUCAACAAUAAGAUGAAGAGUGUGAUCUGGGGGGACGAGGGUUUCGUGGCGGAGCGUGGCCGACACUGGGACAUCACAUUCCACAACAUACUGGGCUGCAGCGCCAGGGAGCGUCGAGUGGUGGUGGUGAUAUCUGUGUGCAGGUUCCCAGGGGGAGUGUUCACCUCCUGCCCAGAGAGCUACUACCUAGAUAAGUCAGGCCAGGUGAAGGCUUUCACCUACACCCAGUGGAAGCUUGCUGUGCUGAAUCAAGUCAGGGACAAGCUGGAGUUGCACAGCCGGUUCAUGAAGCUGCCCCUGCUGACGCCUGGAUCACGUCUUGUGUUUGGACUGCCUCACACUAUACCCAGAAUCAAGGAAAAGGUGUUGAACUUGAGGACAGGAUCCAAUCUUUAUCCCAAGCAUUUCCUGAACACAGUAGGAUCUCCAGGAAUCAAGACUGCCAUAAAGGACAUCCUUGCAAUGUUUGCCGCCGAGCCUCACCUCGCUCUGGCUUUACAUACAUUCGGCAUUGGCAGUGUUCCAGAAUUCAAAUCUGACUUUGUCGCAGACAUUCUUGUCCUCAGUCAUACCCAUGGCCUUCACUUGCUCUGCCUGGCCGAAGAUCUGCCCCGAGAUAAGUCUUGCUACUUCCACCGCUGCCAGCAGGUCGCAGAGUCUUUGAAGAAGAAGCUAGUUCACAAUGGGGGAUGUACUGAGAGAUUUGGCAUCUGUGUCCAUGUUGUAGACAUUGAGGAUCCGCUCUUCGUCCAGGAAAUUCGGAUGGAUUUAGAAACAUCCUGGUAUCCAUCCACCUUCCAUGCAAAUACAGGGAAGUUGGACCACAUCUUGACGUCUCUGAUUAUUGCCAUGGCAACAUACAAGCCUCAUGAAGCUGGAACGGAGCAAGAAGAGUACUACUUCCUGUUGACGUGCGAUCAGUUUGAGCUGCUGUGUCAGCACCAGUUCACCAGGGAAUUGUGGGUACACGGUCCUCCGGGGGCAGGGAAGACGGUCGUGGCUCUGCAGAUGAUCAGAGAACUGUGUCGCCGUGGAUGUACUUACCGCAACAUUCUCUAUAUUGCCGAGAAUGAACUCUUGUGCUCUUAUGUCAGGUCCUUUGAACUAUGUGACGUUGUGACGAGGCGAGACUUGAUGCAGACUGCACAAGACCCCGACAACUUCCGUCUCAGGUUCUUUUCUGUGCUCAACGUUGUGGUGGACGAGGCACAGAACUUCAAGGACCGAGAUGGGGACUGGUAUUCAUUGGCUCAGAGUUUAGCCAAUGGUAACUUCCGAGACAAACUGGACCAGACAGAAGGUUAUUUCUGGGUGUUCAUGGACUAUGCUCAAAAAGUUCAUAAGUUUAAAGCAGGGUUACCUGGGCUAAUUGGGAAAAAUAAUUACAUGUUAAGUGAGAUUUCUAGAAACUCCAAAGAAAUAUUUGAAUAUGCUUCCAAGUUUAUGAGGCUGAAUGAGUCAAAUGAAGACGACAGCUACAUGAAAGAUUCUCCCCGAUUAGGACAUAGUGAUACCUCCGGUCCUGGGGUGAGUAUUAUUAAGUGUGAGAAGUCCUCAGUGGAGGACACGCUCAUGAAGGUCAUCAGGACAUGUGCAGAGGACGGAGUCAAAUUGGAGGACAUGGCCGUUCUGCUGGGGAAGAAGAUGGAUGCUGAGAAGGUAGAAGGUCAUUUCAAGGACAAGCUUGAGGACAUGGUUCGACAGGUGGAGAGGGAGAAAGGUGCAGAGGUGGAUCUGGAGAAGGAGGGGAUUCGGGAAGUAGGGACUACUGAUGCUGAUGACUGUGUUAAGGAUGAGCUUGGGAAGGGUUUUGGGAGAGGGAUGAUAGUUGAUACAGUUCGUAGAUUCAGUGGGUUAGACAAACCUAUCGUCAUUGGUCUCGAUCCUCGCAUCAAUGAGGAGCAUGCAGACAUCAACAAGUUCAUUGUCAACCUGGCCACACGAGCGAAGCAGGGGCUUGUUAUUAUCACAACCUCUGAUGAGGUCAUGAAGAAACUAAACGCAUAGUCUAUAGAUGUAUGAGAGUUGAUGAAUGCAAGUUGUUUUGAGGUGCAGUCAGGAAUAUUACAGCCUUCACACUGAUGAGAUUUGUUUUUAGUCUGGACCAGGCAAACCAGUGAUUGAAAGCAUGAGCAUCAGAGGAUUUUUGCAACCAACAGUGUGAUGGUUCUUGCAAGGGUUCCCAUCAUGCCCUCAUGUGACUGACUUUGGUUUGACUGUUGUUUUUCAUUUUGUUUGUUUUUCAUUUUGUUUGUUGAAAUACCCACUUGUUCAAGUAUUUAUUGUUUCUUUCAUGUUUGUUUGCUGGAUAAAUACAUCCAGGGGUUUUUACUUUAAGAAAAGGAAUUUUUAUUGUGUUUCAUAGUUGUUGCUUAUUGUUUUAAAUUUUGGAAGAAACCAAAAACUCCAAAGCUGUUUUCGGUUAGCAGUUGACCUCCUUUGUCUAAUGGAUGUGCAUCUGCCCGGAGAGCAGAAGGUCAGUAGUUAGAUCCCUGGCUGCAUCUUACUAAAAGAUGUUAAAAAAUGGUACUUGUUGUUACCCUGCAUGGCACUCUAGCAUUCAGGGGAUCAGUAAAGUGGGCUAGCAUUAUAAAAAUGGUAGAAGUCUGAACAAGUAAGAGCAGCCAAACACAAGUGAGCAUGCAUGUUGUUAUGUUAGUGCAAUAGUCUUUAACACAAUGUUAAACCCCAUUUCACCUCACCAUGCUUAGCAAUUUGAGUUGACAAGGCCAAGGUCACCUUAGCAGUUGCGAGUUGUCAAGGCCACCUUAGCAGUUCGAGUUGUCAAGGCCAAGGUCACCUUAGCAGUUGCGAGUUGUCAAGGCCACCUUAGCAGUUCGAGUUGUCAAGGCCAAGGUCACCUUAGCAGUUGCAAGUUGUCAAAGCCAAAGUCACCUUAGCAGUUCGAGUUGUCAAGGUCACUGUAUAGUUAAUUCCAGAAGAAAUCUACAAUGUUGAUUGUUUCCUUGCAGUAGUAAAGUAACCAUUUAUUGAAUUGAUUAAUAUGUUUUAUAGAUAAUAAUGGUGUAACGUCAGACUAGAUUUUCCCUCACCACAUAUUUCCAGGUCAAUAAGCCUGGAUGGUGAAGAAAGAAAACUCAGAUUACAUGGUAAUAUUUUGAAAAUGCUUGCUGAAAUUAGGAUAUUUGUAUUUAUUUUGAAACAUUCUUGAUAAACAAUUUUUUAUCAGGGACUGAUAUCAACAUGCAAAUAUUGGGUAGGCAGGUACAACAAGUAGACCUCCAUUAGAAUCGACCGUGAAUGGUGUCUGCAUCAAUCACAGUGGGCAGAGCUUAUUUAGGGUUGUGCUGUAUAUAGCAAAGCAAAUGGUCAUGUGUACAUGUGACACAUUCAAAGCAUUUGUGGUCAAAGUGUAUUGUGGGGUAUAUAUUUACGGCAUUAACCAAUGAAAUUUGUGUGUCAGCAUGACGUCAUAGUCUGUCUUACAGACCCUGAUACAAAUAUAUCAAAUACAGCCCAUGCAAGUCUAUAAUGUUUGGCAAGUCAAAGUGCAGAAAAUGAAGAGAGUCACUGGGCUCCUUUUACUUUAUUUUUAUUUAGAUAACUGAACAACUGGUUUUUUCUGUACGAUAUGUUCAUUUCAGAGACUAGAUGUUAGUCUACAUGACGUCAUAUUGACCUGGGAGAUGACUCGUAUAAGUUCCACCCACUGAGAGUGUGGUAGUUCCUACCGCAAUUGCCCCUGUAAAUGUGUUCCGUGAUGGUUUCCUUUGCUCAGUAAUGUGACAUGAAAACAUGACAGUUCUAUUGUUUCAAUCCAAAAGUUAUAAAAUUUGAAUAUUAUUUAGGGACUGUUUAUUUAUUAUUGGAAGCGGCGUUGGUGGUGUUGGGGGGAUGUCAUGCAAAAGUGUCAGUGUAUUGGGGGCAUGGAAAAAUGUUACUUGGAUUGUGGGGUGGUGGUCGGGCUAGGCUUUAGUGAAAUAUGAUACACCACCACCCAGAUAAUAAAUGACCAGUAGUAGUAUAGGUAAUGAUGGUUCUGCCGCAACUCCACUGGAGCUGGAUUUAUUUACCAAUACUGCUACUACAGAUGGAAUUUUUUAUGCCAAAAUGA